AUGUGGAUUAAACCAGCCGAAGUUAUUCUGGCUAAUGCUUUGUGGUAAGUUUCUAAAGUGUAAAAAUAAAGCCAAAGAUUUUAAAUUUUGGACAACUGAAAGGCGAGUCACAAAUUGAGCUAAUUGUUGACACUGUAUUUUGUUCUUGUGUUUUUAAAAGGACAACAGAACGAGCGAAUCCUUAUUUUAGUCUUCAAAGAAGAAAGGGACAUCAAGAUAGCGGCUUUACUUCGCUCUUGGUAGGAACUUUUGACCAUGUUUUGGAUUCAAAGGUCAGUAUAUUUGAAUCAGAAUGUGUGUGAUUUAAAUAAACAUUUGGUUUGCUGAAACGAUUUUAAUGCCACACUAAAGUACUUGAAUCAGAAAAAUUGGCUAAUAUAGUACUUGUUUACUAGUCAAGUCCACCUUAUCAUAUAUACAUGAACUUGUGGUUAGAGCUCAACAAUGGCAUCUGUAGCUCAAUACUCCAAUAGCUCAUUUGGUUAGAGUGCUGCACAGGAAUCGCAGAUUCAUUCCCUGCUAUUGGGCUCUUGCAAGUGAUGUCAUGUAUUAGUUGACUUCUGCCAUUUUGGAUGACAAAUUAUUGUCGAUUUCAAGUCACUUUUCAACACGCGGUUCCCAAGUUUGUUGCGAACUUCCCAAUUACGUUUCCAAGUUUGGAAAUUGGGCACAAACUUUGCAACAAAGUUUCUAAGUUCUUUUCAAUGUUUGAACUUUGUUUGUAAACAAAUGUUCAUAUUCAAUAAUAAUAACCAAUUGAAUGAAAUACAAACCGCUGAACCAAGAACUUUCUAUUGAAUUGUUAAUUUCAAAUUGAACUAAGAACAUUUGUUUACAACAGUUCAAACAUUACGUGGAGAAAUUGUUACCAUUUUUUCAGCCGAAAAUGGUAACAAUUGCCGCACAUAAUACAAACAUAUACAAAAUUUGCAAACUUUGUAAGGCUAUAUUUUCCAAGCUUUAUAUAUCAUUUUGCAACCAAAGUUUGCAAUUUUACAAGUUUUAUUAUGUUGUUUUUAGCUGUGGUGUUUGAUUCCCUUCUCUUUACUUAGUUUAAAAUUUAGUCUAACAUGCAAGUUGUCCAUUGCUCAUCAAUGUUUUUGUUUCAGCCUCCACCAUUCAGAAUCUUAUUGCAAUCUACUUCCUCAUCUGAUGUUAUUUAUGGUAAAGAAAUUCAUUUUAUGUUUUCUUAGUAGGUCAUUCCAAGAUUUAAAUCAUUCCUCAUCUCUCCCGUCAAGGAAAUGAAAAGAUAAAUAAUUACUCUAACUUGUAUUUAGUGAUAGCGACUGCUGCAAAAAGAAAAGAAAUUGACGCAAACUGGAAAUGGCUUGAACAGCAUCUGCUUCCCACCUUAGGUAAUGCAACAUUAUUUUCAAAAAAUACAUUCAUUAUUAAAUCUUUCUUGUUGUAUGGUAUGCUUCAGUAAUUGUACAAAAAUUGAGCUGUGUUUCAUUUCCAGAAUCAUUUGACAAUGACAAUGAUGCAAAAGAGUUUGUUCAGGCCAAGAUAGAAGGUUUGGUGGCCCACAAUGAAGCUCAGAAUGGCCCUGAAGGUAUUUCCUUUUAUUCAAGUCAAAUUUUCUGAAGGUUUAAGGGAUCUCCUCUUCCCUCAAAAAGGUCUAACAAGUCAGUUAACAGUCAACAGUGAGUCAUUUCCCUCAAACGUUCCUUACAAGUCCUUCAAAACUUUAGUUCUCAUAAUUAUUUCCUUUCACCUUCAGCCACUCCAGAAUCAGCAAAAUUUCAAUCAGCCUUUGCAAGAUUUAAAAGAUUAUUUCACAUGCCAAAAGACGAAAAACUUGUAAAUUGUAAGUUGUUAUAUUGUCCCCCCCCCCCCCAGUGUCUGCCACUGUUUGUGUGUAUGUUUUUGUUGUUUUGUGUUAAAGUAGGUCCAGCAUUAGGGUGUAAUGUACUUAGUAAGUUAACUAGACACAUGGGGAGAAUGUCUGAUUGACCCAUUAAGUGCCAGUGCUCUCCCCUUGAUGAGUUAAAUCAUCUGGCAUUAGACAGAGUAAAACAGUAGAGUAGUGAACAUUAGGGUGCAAUGCAACUUAACUAGACACAUUGGCAGUCUGAUUAAAGAGAUUUUAAAAUAAUAAGUAAAGUUGAUUUUUGUACUAGAUUAUUCGUGUAGCUAUUGGAAAGGCAUUGUGCCUCGUCAGGGCUGGAUGUAUCUUUCUAUCAAUCAUUUAUGUUUCUACUCCUUCCUCUUGGGUCGUGAAGCUAGGCUUGUCAUUCGUUGGACUGAUGUUACAGUAAGUUGAUGUCUCACGAAUUCAGGCAGGAAUUCUUCAGGAGCUUGUUGUUCAAAGCUAGAUUAGACAUUUACAGUACAUUAAAAAUUUCUCCAACGUUUUAGAAACUUGAGAGAACCAAUACUGUUCUUCUUCCUGAUGGGAUCAAGGUGUGCACUCGAUCCUCUGAGGUAUGUGUAAUUUUACUUGAAGCUAUGGUAUUGUACUGUACAUUAUGUAAAAACAUGCAAGUUGUUACAGAUCUCUGCAAAUAAGUUGUAACAAGGUUGUUGUCAAGCCAAUAUCAGGAUGUGUUCGCACUGCUUGUUCCCAGUUGUUGUGACAAGUCUGGAACAAGUUGUUAUCACCUUGUUACAAGGUUGAUGAUGGUAACACACUUGCUACAAGACAGUCGAGACUAAUACAGGCUGUUUGUAACAAGUUCUACGAGCUUGUUGUCAUCAACAUGUUAACAACUUGUUACAUGCCAUUGCAGACGAUAUCAAACUUGUUGGAACAGUUUUUAUGGAGUCUACUGGCCUCAUCAACCUUGUUCCAAGAUGAUAACAACUUUUUCAAUGCUUGUCAACAACUGAGAACAAGCAGUGCGAACACAUUGGCAAGCUGUGAGAUUUUUUCAUGUGUCGUUGCCAUAAAAUUUGACUAUUAUAUAUUUAUCCAAUUGUAGCAUAACUUUUCGUUGCUGCUUCAUGCUUCUGAAACAUUUACUCUGAUGGAGCAGUUGGCAAACAUCGCGAUGAGAAGGUACCUAGAAAUGUCUCUCUAUAUCUUGCUUUGUUUCACAGUUUUGACAUAGAAUUUUUUCUGUUCAGGUUAUUGGCAGAGAAAGGAUACGAAGUUGAAUCCAUUCUCUCUUCUCCAAGUGCAAAGUAUGACUAGAACUCCCUAUAUUGUUUAUUUCAUAUUGAAAUAUAUACAAGAGGAAUAUACUAAAAAUUAUGAUAAUUGUGUUUUGUAUGAUGUCCAGAGAGAGAAAGAAGCGAAGGAAAAAGACAGUGUCCAUGUUAAAACGCGAUCUCGAUGCAAGAGCUCGUAGUGAACUUUAUCGGUAAGUAUUAUAAUUAAUCUAAACUGCAUGACUUUAUUUAUACUGGAUGGCUUUAUUAGUUCUAAACUUUUUCAAAAUUUUGCAGAAAUUUGUUUCGACUUCCGAGUGAAGAGAAGUUGGAUGGUGAUUGUGAAUGUACGAUAUGGAGUCCUCAUUUAAAAUGUGUAAUCUGGGGGACUCUCUAUUGCUCCCCUAACUUCAUGUGCUUCGCUAGUAAGGUAAGGAAGCUUGGAUGAAAUUUUGAGAUCAUCGUUGGAUUCAGCAUUAUAGGUAAUAGACAAUUCCCAUUAUAGACUAUUUUUUUAUCUUGGAAAAAGUAUAUUCCCGGAAAAAGCAUACUAAAAUUAGUAAAAUUGCAAAAUUUGGUUGCGAAACGUUGUAAAAUGCGGAAAACAUAGCCUUGCAAAAUUUGGAAAUUUUGUAUACUUUAAUUUGUAUUGCAUGCGGAAAUUGCUACCACAUUAGGGCCGAAAAUAGUGUCCAGAUAUAUUUUAUUGUCAGUGUCUAUUGUGGUGUCCAAAUAAUAUAUAUUUUAAUUGAUUUUCUUGUUUGUUUUAGAUCAGACAUUUGGUUUCAGUUGUAAUUCCAAUGCGAGAGAUUACAGUAGUUGAGAAAGCCAACAAUCCUGCAUUACCAAAUGCCUUGCAUAUCACCACCAAAUCAAAGGUACUGGGUCUUUCACCUCAAUAUCCAGUUGUCUGAUUAUCUUGAACCGUCUGUGCCAGUGUCGGUCGUGCCAAUAACAACAAGCUUUUGUUGGUAGGAAUGAAAAAUAUGAGGAGAAUUUCAACGUUUCGGGCGAAGGCCCUUCGUCUGGAGUUACUAACCGAAGGGUUAACUUGCUCCUUCGCUUGAAACACAAAAAUUAUCCUUAUAUUUUUCAGGUAGUCACAUCCCUACCAACAAAAGCUUGUUCAUAGUUGUCUCAUUAUAAUUUCACCUCAGUCACACGUGAGAAGAAUGCUUCCAGUUUGACUCUACCAAACACCACGCCAUUUUUCCCACACAAGUACUUCAGAAGUCAGCACCAGAAUCGCACGGCCACAGUUAGUAAAUCAUUCCAUGUAAUUUUCUAGGCUUCUUUUCUGUUUGCGACUUUUGCGUCUCUCAAAGAUCGUGAUUAUCUGGUCAGGAGAAUGUCAGACUUCCUCGCUCAAGUCCCAACACCAGAGUAAGAAUAAAACUAGGCGUACUUAAUGAUGAACAUCUUGUAAUCCAGCGGGGCUUUCUCCAUUAACAACUUUUUCUUGUCACCUAGAAACAGCACUAUGAACUUGAAAACCAAGACGCAGUCACCACUUACCAAGAUCUUCUCACAUCGUUCACCAAGUCAGGUCAACGUCAAAGAACCUGUUAAGGAACAUUUGUGGGAUCUUCAUUUUGCCGAGUUUGGCAGGUAGACUAACUUUAUUUAUACUGGAUAGUUCUACCAGUUGUAAACUGUUCUUCCUAGAUGUCCAGUAAGAUUCACUGUUUUACUUAAACCGUUUGACUGUUAUUUCAGAGGUGUGUGUAUGUACCGUACGGUGAAAACUCACGAACUGGUCUUGAAAGGCAUUCCUGAUAGUUUACGAGCAGAAAUAUGGUUGAUAUUUUCUGGCGCUGUAACAGAGGUAGGAUUAUUACUGCCAGGAAUAUAUGAUCAAGGCCUGCAGUUGGUAUUCUUAUUUGACAUUUUUCAUUGUAGAUAGCAACGCAUCCUGGGUAUUAUCACUCCUUGGUUGAAGAAAGCGCUGGUCAGCUCACCUUGGCAAGUGAGGAAAUUGAAAGAGAUUUACACAGGUGUGUUGUACGCCAUAUUUGUGCAAGGAAGGAUUUGUAAGAAAUGUUUGAGGGAACUCACUCAAUAGACCCAUUGCACAUGACGUCACAGCGCCGGUGACGAUGCAUCUGGAGGACAAAUUAGCAAUCUAUGCAUAAUAUAACUUUUGUAAACAAAGCAAAUUUUGUAAAACUUUAUAAUAAUUUUGUAUUAAAAUGGUUCAUUUUUGGGCUGUAUGUGGUUGUUGUACCCGAACAGAUAUUGUUAAGGAGCAUCUGGAGGACACUCUAAGGAUUUGUGACGACGUCAGUGCAAAGGGUCUAUACUAAACACUGUGUUAGUUCCCUCAAACAUUUCUUACAAAUCUUUUAAAACUUAGAAUUUACCGUUAGAAUUUCGGAAUUUUCCCAUUCAAAAUUCCUACUGUGAUCACAGAAACUUUGAUAAUGUCAAGCAGCCUUUAAAGACUUUAAAGGUCUCAAAUAACGUAAUUUGUUCGGCUGGACUAACAUUUGUAUUUUUUACAAUUAGGUCUUUGCCUGAACACCCGGCGUUUCAAUCAGAAGUAGGCAUUGAUGCAUUACGUCGCGUUUUGACUGCAUACGCCUGGAGAAACCCCACUAUAGGUAAGACGACGCACUACUUAGUGCUUGUGUCUUUCACAUUUGUGACUGGGCUUCGAUACAGUUGUAACACUGGAUCAAUAAAAGAUGAUCCUUACUGAAUCUCUAGAGAGAACAGUUUAGAACUGAUAGAGCUAUCCAGUAUAAUGAAUAAAAGAAAUACAAUUUCUUCCAACAGGGUAUUGCCAAGCUAUGAACAUAGUUGCUUCUGUGUUGUUACUGUAUUGCAAUGAAGAAGAAGCGUUCUGGUUAUUGGUCGCAGUUUGUGAGAGAUUGUUGCCAGAUUAUUAUAAUACCAAAGUCGUUGGUGCCCUAGUGGAUCAAGGUAAAAUGUUUUCAAGUAGUUCAAACACUAACAAUGCUAGCAGUCAUACCAAAUUUAUAUCUUAAGUUUAAUAAUUGUGUUUUUUAAUUUCUCGAUUCUCAGGUGUUUUCGAAGAGUUGAUUCGUGAAAAUAUUUCUGAACUUUAUGAUCAUUUAAAAGAUCUUGGAAUUCUUCAUAUGAUCUCAUUAUCAUGGUUCCUUACUUUGUUUCUGAGGUAUGAACUUGCGAGCAAAUGGACUAACUUUAUUUAUACUGGAUAGUUCUAUCAGUUCUAAACUGUUCUUCCUAGAGGUCCAGUAAGGAUCAUCUCUUAUUGAUCCAGUGUUACUACAGGAGGAAACCUAAACUAAACUAACUUUAUUUAUACUGGAUAGCUCUAUCAGUUCUAAACUGUUCUUACUAGAGGUCCAGUAAGGAUCAUCUCUUAUUGAUCCAGUGUUACUACAGGAGGAAACCUAAACUAAACUAACUUUAUUUAUACUGGACAGUUCAAUCAGUUCUGCACUUUUCUUCCUCAUUUUAGUGUCAUCCCAUUUGCGAGCGCUGUGAAUGUUGUCGAUAAUUUCUUUUAUGACGGAGCCAAGGUAAAGAAUCUGCAGUGGUGUGUGUAGCACAUGAAAAGAUGAAAACCACCUAGUUUCGUUCUGUGGUAAACAAUGUCAUUUUUUCCAUGUAGGUGAUAUUCCAGGUAGCUCUAGCUAUAUUGGACGCAAACAGAAGCAAGUUACUUUCUGUUGAUGACGAUGGUGAAGCGAUGAUCAUUCUCUCUGAAUAUUUGGACAAUAUUACCAAUAAAGAAUAUGAUUCACCUUUCAAAUCUGCUGCCUCGUCUAUACGUGGUACUUCUGUUGGAGGGGUGAGUAAUGGUGGUGAGUGGUAGUGGUGGUGGUGAUCGUUGUGUUGAUCGUUGUGUUGAUGGUAGUGGUGAUGGUAGUGGUGGUGGUGAUCGUUGUGUUGAUCGUUGUGUUGAUGGUAGUGGUGAUGGUGGUGGUGGUGUUGGUGGCGAUUAUGGUGAUUGUGGCGGUAGUAGUGAUGAUGGUGGUUGCGAGAUGAUGGUGAUGAUGAUGGUGAAGAAAUGGCUGACUUAUCACAAAGUGUUUUAUUGCAGCCAUCUUCAUCUGUGGAUGUCUCACAACUUAUCCUGGAAUCGUAUCGCAAGUUUGGGUUUAUUACUUCAGAACAAAUUGAACGAAUGAGGAACACACAGAGACUAAAAGUUGUUCAGGUUCGUCAUUUUCAAGCCUGGUUUGCACUGUCAGCCAGAUCAAAGUCGUCAUCACUGUAGGAAUUUUACCUCGUCUUGACACAAAUGGAACGGGGGAUUGUGCGAAUGUUUAAGUGAUGAAACAUUUAAAAUUUUACAGACUGAUAUUUUUUUGAAAUAUUUCAGGGCAUGGAAGACACCAUUCGUAAAACUGUUGUUCGGAAUGUGGCUGAGGAAUCAUGUUUUACUGUCAACGAGCUUGAUCUUGUCUACCGCGUGUUUAAGGUAAGCGCAAUUACUCUAGACGUAAUUACUGAUUGUCCUUGCACUCUUUUCAUCAUUAAAGUAAUUCACCACAUUUUCUGGAGACGAGAAAAUUCAUCCUGGCAUGUGCUAUGUUGAAAUCAUAGUUACUAAAACCUUGUGUUGACAUUUUUGCAUGGCUAAAUUCUAAGUUUUGAAAGAUUUGUAAGAAAUGUUUGAGGAAACUGACUCGUUGUUUAACAUUAAAUCAGUUUCUUCAAACAUUUCUUACAACUCCUUCAAAACUUAGAAUUUACCCAUGCAAAAUUCCUACUGUGAUCACAGAAACUUCGAGAGUGCAAACCAAGCGUAACAAACCAUUUUCUACAUGAAAAAACGCACAACUUGUCACAAACCUGCAGCAAAACUGUUGCUGCUUUUUCCACUUGUCAUCAGGAUGUGCUCGCACUGCUUGUUGACUUAAAAGAGUUGUUAAAAGUUGUUCCAUCAACUUUUAUGUCCUGCAACUUGUUAACAGUUUGGUGUGGAUGCAUAUCGAGCCUAUACUCUGUUUUGAGGUCUAACGGGAAUUGAACCACGUAACCUUCUGACAACCGGACAGACGCUCUAACCAUUGAGCUAUAAGGCAUCAGAUGGUGAGCCAAGGUUACGUUAUUUACUAGUUCUGUGUGUUACAUGUGCACUGCUAACUGCAAGUCUCGACAUCUCUGAAUUUUCUGUUCAUUCUAGGAUGGUCAACUCCAAAGUCGUUCAUGGGGCGACACUGCUGCUCCCCAAUACGAGAUUGAUUCCAGUAAACUACAACGCAUUGAAUAUGAACAGUUUAAGAUCUUGUUUAAAUGUCUCACAAAAUGGGGAAGAAAUGAAGCCGGGGAUAUUUUGUCUGUUAGAGCUUUCAGAGUAAGUUGAUUACUUUGGUAUUAAUAAAGCGUUUGUGACCCAGUGGUCAGUACAUGUGUCUUUCGUCUCUCUGACUGAGUUUUGUUUCCUGCAAUAUGCAGCUGAUUAUAAUCAAUAAGAGAUGAUCCUUACUAGACUUCUAGGGAGAACAGUUUAGAACUGAUAGAGCUAUCCAGUAUUGGAUUGGGAGAACAGCUUAGGACAGUUGAUUCAAAUAAAGUUUGUUUAUACAUUCUCUAUAGUAAUUUUAUUUUUUCUUCAGUUAAUCGACAGUGACCGCGAUGGAGUGAUCAACUUCAAGGAAUUCGCGAUAACGUUGGGUGUGAUCUGCCGUGGUGACCUGCACGAGCGUCUCAAGUUUAUCUAUCGCUUGCAUCUCCCCCCGGCUCUACCACUUUCUGAACUGGAGGAGAGCAACACGCCUGACGAUGACAGGGGGGUCGACAGUUGCAGUGAAGUUGAUGAAGCUGAGGAAGUUAAUGAAUCUGAUGGGAUUGAGAGGUACAAUGAUGAGACUAUUAUGGAUCCCUUAGGAGCAGGUGUAGUUGUUAUUCAAGGUAAGGUGACUCGACAAUCUAGUACUGAUUCCGAACGCUCGCGUCGGAGUCUUGAAACCUAUCCCUCAAAAUCCGAAAGUAGUACUUCAGAGAGAAUGGCGAAACCCUCCGAAGAUUUUCCGACUAAUUCCAAAGAUUUUGCAAAGGUUUCCGAUGUUGUCACGGAUGUUUCCGAUUUUACGACAAAUGUUUCGGACGAUCACGCGACUAAUUCCGAAGAUAUGACUAACGUUUCUGAAGUUUUGACGAUUGUUUCCGAGCAUUCUACGAAGCCUUCCGAAGGUUCAGCGAGUCCUUCCGAAGAUUCCUCAGAAAUUGGGGAUGGUUGUUCUGUAGAAAGCGACAAUAUGGGUUUUGAUCUUGUUGAUAUGGACUGUGGGGCUGGUGGAGCAGACACGAAAAGUCGACAAGGGAUAUAUCGUGUUGUUGAGGAUUCCGAUGUGACAGACGGAAUGAAUCGUAACGAGAUCGGGCAGUAUUCGGAAGUGGACGGCAGUAGUAGCUGGAAUAUGAAUCAAGUAAGUGUGUAGACUGAAUAUUUCUUAUGUGUUUCUAGUAACCAACUGUGAAUUUUUUUUCUCUCUGUUUCCCUCUGCGCGAUUGUUUGUUUUUUUCUUUUUCGACCCCCCCCUAUCUAAUGGUCCCCUAAAUAAAGUUGAUAUAUGCGUGUAUGUAGGUAUGCAGGUUAACCACCGUCUGUUACACGAUAAUGAGUUCAAACACUUUCUAUAUUUUCUAGAAACAGUUCAUUCAUCUUUGGAAAACAUUUUACUCGCUGUUCAGAGACCUUCCUAAUGAACAAGAAAUGUAUAAAGCCAUUGCUACCGUUGGUACGCUACUUCUUAACCUGGGCGAACUCUCGGUUGAGAAACCUGACACGAGUUUAGAAAACCCGUCAAACCUGUCCAAACCUGUUGUGGAAAACUCGCCAAACCUGUCUAGUCCAGUUGCAGACAGCUCUUCAAACCGGACUGAACCUGUUAAUUAUUCUGGUAAUUCUUUGUCUAACCGGAAAGACAAUUUUGGCGACUGCUUAGACCAGGAUUCCAAUAAUGGGAGCCCACUGUCAGAUACUGGUAGUGCUCAGCGGCGACUCUGUGCAGCAUUGGCUGACGCAGCAGCCGAUUGCUCACCGGGCAGUGACGAAGGAAACACGAAUGAUGACGAAUUUAUCCGAGUUGGAAGCGAAGAUAGUUUACUAAGUAGCCCCGAGGUUAUUGACUUGGAUGAUGAUUCCAGAUGUAAUAUUGAGGUCAGUCCCAACCGACUCUUAUCGGAAAAUUACGACCAAACUACGUCCGAUUCUGAUCUUGUUACGAAAGUUUCCGAUCAUUCUACGAAGGAUUCCGAAAAUUUUACCGAAAAUGAAACAAAUCAUGAAAAUGAAAAUGAAAUUGUGGCUGAUUCUUCAGAAUGUGCUGGAAAUGAAGAUGUUUGCGAAGGCGGACAGAUGACACGAAAACGCUCGUCAGGAAAUGUAGACCCGUACUGGUGUAUAACUUUUGAACAGUUUCUAGCUUCAGUUUUGACAGAGCCAUUGUUGGUCGAGUAUUUUGAAGAACAAACGAAUAUUGAGGAAAUUAUUAAUACAGUGAAAACUGAGGGAGUUAGGGACUUUGUAAGAGAUCCACGCAGAUCCCUUAGUGUAGAGUAAUGUACACAGUAACUACCAGUGAGCUCUAUAUAUCUGGAGUGAGAACUUCACUCAUUCGGCCGAUAAGUGCAGUCAAGAUGGCGCCCACUGACGUCCGAUAGCUCUGAAGGUCGUAAACAGUUUUAAUAAUUUUUUCUGUGUUGGUGCUGUGUACUCAGGUGAAUAUGAUAUUUGUGAUGUUACUCUGAGUGUAUAUCCACACCGGGCGAGCUUGAAAAUAUGCCUGGCCACGGUGGGAAUGAACCUACAACCUUUGGAAUACUAGCCCAAUGCUCUGCCAACUGAGCUACGUGGUCAGGUCGGUUCGAGUAAGUGAUAUUUCGGAACAGAAUCUAGUUCCUUCGAUACCAAUGUAUUUGUGUUCCGAAAUAUCACUUACUCGAACCGACCUGACUGCGUAGCUCAGUUGGAAGAGCAUUGGGCUAGUAUUCCAAAGGUCGUAGGUUCGAAUCCCACCGUGGCCAGGCAUAUUUUCAAGCUCGCCCGGUGUGGAUAUACACUCAGAGUAACAUCACAAAUAUCAGUUUUAAUAAUAUUGUCAGAAAAUACUAUGUCAGAAAUUAUUCUUAAUAUUGACAAUGGCACCAGGGUUGCCAGACUGCUGAAUAAAUAAGCCAAACAUUGUUAUAAGCACCUCUUUCAUUUCUUUGUUUGAAACAAAGAAAACAAAAGGUUGUUAUAAUAAUAUUUGGCUUAUUUCUACAGUAGUCCGGCAACCCUGAAUGGCACUUGUGACUGUGCUGGCUUGAAUACAUUAAUCAACGUUUCUUGUCAUCGUUGCUCGUGUAAAAUUGAGUAUAAAAUGUAUUGACAGGAAAUUACACUUGUUCUCCAAAUUACAUUAAUGAAAAUUCACACUUGUGUUUGGCGAAAUAUUUGUAAUACCGAUUUUUCAUUAACACUUCUCGAACCGUGUAAUUUCCUGUACAAAUCGAUGUUAAAAUACGAAAUUUUGGCACACUCCUUGCCAACUUUGUGUUAACCGCGCGGACAAAAACGUAGAAAGGGACUGGAACUGACAACUUCUUCAAUUUCCGCCAUCUUCACGUUUUGAACCGCGUGCUCACAGAGACGACUGGGGAGUGGGGGCGAGUCGGACUCGAGUUCUCGUUCCAGAUAUACAUAUAUAUGGCCCUCACUGUUAACUAUACCUUGAUGAGUCCAUAGCCACUGUUCUCUUUAUAUAACUGGAGAAAGACUACUAUGUCGAAAUCACCUGAAAUUAUGAUGACGUAAUGCAAACUUAUAUUUUAUGUUAGUUUAGGGAAAUGCGUCCAUUGUAAAUUUGUAUUUUAUUUAAUUCGCGGAGAUUUUGAAAUGGAAAACAUAUUGUAAUAAUUAUGAUUAAAUUAAUUAUUUAAUAUAUCAGCGCCAUUUAAUGGAAUACCAACGAAAGUCGAGUAAAAUGAAAAUGCCCAAGAUUUCAAAGUAUUAAAUUAUAUAAUCUUAUUUCAUUCAUGCGCCGACAUAUAGUUUAUAUGUUUCUGUAAUCUAAAUCUUUGAAAAUGAUUGACACUUCAGACAGUUUUAAUAAACUUUUCUUUGCAACAAGAAUCCCCGCAAUGAUGACGUGGAUUGGCGUGAGCGAGUUAAAAUUUUCGUGGACGUAAAACAAUAAGGGAAACGACUAGAGUUACGCUUCUGCUAUAACUUCGUAUUCUGUGAUUCAGUGAUCGGGAUUUCAAUCUUUUUUAUUGUUUUGAAAAUCUCAUUCGUCUGCAGGGUGUCCCAAAAAAACCCAGGCAAUUGUAGUAACGUAUUGUUAGAAUUUGAAUGCUUUGGCACUAAGCUGAACGCAAAAAUGCGUAAAAUAUUGACAAGGCUGCAUAUAUUAAAUAUUGACUUAUUAAGAAAUUAAAAUAUCUUUGUAACUCGGCGCACAAUUUCCUGCUCUUGGGAAUUUAAAGCAGCUUCUUAAACAGUUCCUUUAUGCACUUGUGAGUUCAGCAGAGUGCUAAGGCAUUCAAAUUCUAACAAUAGUUUAUUCCAAUAGUUUGUUUUUUUGGGGACACCCUGCCAGAAAUUAUCCUGUUGUUGUUAAGCACGUUGUAGCUAUCGUGACUGCCAGAGAAACAAAAACUUGCCAUAUAAAAUUUGGUGUACGUAGACAUUCAGCAACAAAGCUGCCAUACGAAAACUUGUGAGAGAAGACUUGAUUGUAACUGAUUUGUAACUGGUUUGUAUACUGACUCGUGAAAUAUUCACUUAAGUUUAACUCAUGUAUGUAAUAGUGAAGUUUUCACCUUUAUUUCAGAACCGAAAUGACGCUCAGGAUAGAAAUGGCGACACUACUUUGCUAAGGUAAGAAAAUGUGCAGAGAAAGAGUUUUUGUUGUGUGACGCAGGAGUAGUGAAUAA